AUGGGUGUUACUGUUUUACAACAAUAUCCAGUGCCGGAACAUAAAACGGGUACAUAUGUCAUUGAAUUGUUGACAAAAAGAAUUUUAGCCCUCGGAGCAUCACAACAGGGACAAUUUCUUGUAGACUGUGAAAGUUAUCUAUCACAUCCUCAAAUGGGUACUACAAAAACAGUUCACAUUCUUCACAAUUCAGAACAACCUGCCUCAGUGUUCUCAAUACUUGAAAGUGGUACAAAAAACAUUCAUGUAAUAGCUGAUGGAUUAUUUGAUUUGCUCAUGAUGAAAUUAUCACAUCACUAUACUUCUAAAAAGCAAACAAAAAUUGAAAGUAAGGGUCCACGGUUUGAACUGGGCGACUUUUGUGUAAAACUUGGAUCAGUGACAAUGAAUCAAAAUUUCAAAGGAGUUCUUAUUGAAGUUGAAUACCGUCCUUGUGUAAUGGCAAAUGCAGUAUGGGGCUUACUUAGAGAAUUUCUACAGGGUCUUUUGGGCCCAUCUGUACCUGUUCAGCCUCCUCAACAUUUAUUAAGCCGAAUGAAUGAAAUAUAUACACCUAUAGAUACUAUAUAUCAGUACUUAGAACAUUUUAGUGCUUAUAGAAAAACAACUGGAUUAAGAAUAUUACAAGUACAAUUAGUGGAAUUAGAUGUAAUAGAUUGCGGAAUAGACUAUGAGUUUGAUGUUUCUGAAGGAGAUGUGGAUAUAAAGAAGUAUCCUUGGCUUGGAUUAUUAUAUUAUAGCUUCUAUGGCGAUACAGGUGAAGGCCGUGCGGUCACAACUGUGGCUUUAAUACAGGCGGAGUUCGUGAUAGCCCCGGCUGCGGACAUAGGACCAAUGCCUAAAAUUGACUUUAGACAAAACACACGAGUUUUGCUCGGGGAGGGUUGGCAGUAUGGCGGUCGUCGCGUGCGCAAUUAUGUAUUGCAUCCGGAGUAUGGAGAAACAUAUAACACUGUUGCUUUGGUACAACUCAGCACGCCAGUAAGAAAUGAGCGCAUAAGACCACUAUGUCCACCACCUGCCAGAUUGAGGAAUCCAGAUUUUUACGUUGUAAAAUUUCAGGAUAUGGAAGAUUACAGCCAUCUCCAAAAACAGGUGAUCCCAGUCACACAUGUUAUGCCCAGUUUAUGUAGAGAGUUUUACCUUCGAACUAAUUUAUAUUCAAAGAAAAUGCGUCCACCACACGUAGCGUGUGCUGUUUCGUUACGAGAAAAUGACAUAUGCGUGUGGAAUGCGGGGUCUGCACUAGUUUCACGCGAUGUAUGGGGACGAUGGCAAUUGUUAGGUUUAGGAGUCCGAGGCCCGGGAUGCGGCGCCCCAUCCCGAUACCUAGACAUGAUGAGCUACUACCCGUGGAUAGAGCACAGCUUGAGCAAAUUCAGACGAAUUAGCAUAUCUAAGAUGUCUAAUCAGAAGUAUAUUUUACGAGGUGGAGGUAGUGCGUAUCAAAGAUUCGGAAAUUGUGAUGAAGGCGAAAAAAUCAACUUGAUUUACAGAGAGAUGAUAUCGUUACGGACGGACAACAAUCAGUACCAGUUUUUGACGUAUAAUAUGUCUAUAUACGAAAACGUGGAGUUUUCCUGUCUCACACUGGAGCUAGUUAACGCUACGGCUGUAUCGGAAAUGAGAAUUAAGCAUUAUUGUUCGAGAUACACCAGGGGACCGCCAUGUUAUUCAUAUAAAGGAUCGUCGUUCGAUAUAUCAGUCUACAUAAUGUUCUCGGACACGUGCCGGUUCGAAAUGUUUGCUUGGGGAUGGAAGAAGAAUAUGACGCUUAUAGAUAUGCAUGAUUGGAGAUUAGAAGAAGGCACGUAUUACGAGGAUUUCACAAUGCAGCCGGUGGAGUACCGCGGGCCCACACACGAGACCGAGUUCGGAUUCGAACCCCUGGACCAGGCGCAGUGGGUGCCAGAUUAUGAUGUAUUCACUUCCACUAUACCGCCAGAUUCUAUUAGCACUACUACUAGAAGGGUGAAAUUAGAUAACGAAUUGCCGGACGAAACCCAGCAGUCUGCGGCGGGCGGCACCACGAUCGCGCCCUCCGCCCGCACGUUCCCGGCGCCCGAGCUGGCCGUGCUCGCGCGCAUGACGGCGGCGCCCAACCCCGUGCGCACCGCCACCGCUCUCACCUUA